GCGCGGGGCGGGGCGGUGGUGCCGCGGCGGGGCUGCGAUGGCGCCGUCGGGCCCGGGCCCCGGGUCGGAGGGCGGUGAGCCCUGCCUGCGCUCCGUCGACACUCGCGAGUUCUCCAAGGUGGUCUUCAAGAACCACAGCCCCCGCUCCGUCCUGCCCGUCUGGGUGGACUUCGAGGGCCAGCCGCGCUCCUACCCUGUCCUGCAGCCGCGCACCGGCCGGAUCAUGCACAGCUACCGGGGUCACCUCUGGCUGUUCCGGGACGCGGGCACAAACGACGGCCUCCUCGUCAACAACCAGGAGCUCUUCGUCGCGGCUCCCAACGUGAACGAAGCCGACAUCACGCUGCCCGUGUUCACCCUGAAGGAGAGGUGUCUGCAGGUUGUUCGCAGUCUGGUCAAACCCGUGGACUACAGGAAGCUGGACAUUGUUCACUCAUUGUAUGAAGACCUGGAAGAUCAUCCUGAUGUUAGGAAGGAUCUUCAGCGGCUUUCUCUGGAAAGAAGUGAAACAUUGAGGAACGGAAUUCUGGAAUAACAUGAUUACUCAUUCCAGACUCUUUAAAGAGCAAACUACUGAGUUUGAGCAGGGACAGUCGCCACAAAACAGGCCAAGAGCUAGCAUCUGUAUUUUCAGUUCUGAAACACGAGUUCAGCUCAGUCAUAGAAAAUUUGCUAUGGUGAUAAGUCACAUCCAAAAGACUUAAACAACUCGUAGGAGCAUGCCAGGUUCCUGAUGGUUCAGCUCUGUUCUUCCUUACACAUACUGCAAGCUGCUGACUCCAGAGGCCUUGUGCAGAUGACACUCAGAGAAGUUCUGUUUGGACCAACUCGGAACACUGCAUAGGGAUAGAAGGUCAGGUCAUCUGUUUGGUGAAUACUCAUCAAGAUUAGCUUUCAUUGCAUUAGAAAGUAAAUUACCUGAGGAUUAAUCUAAUCCAGACUCUAAUCAUUAUAAGUGGCAGACCAAAACCAGUUUUGCUUGACUGAUUUGUUUUUGAUGGAAUUUCACGCUUAGCCUGUGAACCACAAUGUGUGGGGGUUGUUUGUGUGUGUGAGGGUUUCCACCACGCCGAGGAUCUGGCCUGAAAAGGUAUGUUGGUGGAAGGAUGGCAUGUGUAAAUGUUUGGGGUUUUCUCUGCCUCUUACCAUUGCAGUUAUAAACCAGUGUGUUGUUAACUCUGAGGCUGACGCAUUUUUAUACAGAUCACACCUUGAAUACCUUAUUUGUCUAUCAUAACUGUGUUCUUGCCUAGUUGAUCUUAAGGUGAUCAACCUGGUCAGUCAUGUGUACUGGAUCCUGGUUCUGGGGCACCUUUAUGUUCUGCAGCUGCUUCCCCAGCUUUCCAUGCAGGCAUAUCAGGUGGUGUUCAUGGAAGGUAGAUGCUCCCUGUGCUACCUUUUCCCGUUGCAAUGCAGUAGUUCAAGUCAUAGUGAGAGACCUUCUGGGGGAGUGUGGACCACUCAAGUUGCUAGUGUGGGUCAGCUCAUACAGGCCUACUGCUAGGUCCAGCUCACAGACAGAUCUGUGCUUUGUUACAGGCUAGAUAAGCAGAGAAAACAUUUCUGUGCCUAUAUUUUGUUUCCCCUACUUCAGGAUGUGUAUUUGUGUGGACGUACAGAUGGGCACAUGUAACUGGAGGCAGCAUUGCUUUUGGCAGGUGUCUGAGUUGUCCACCAAGUGACAGAUGCAGUGUUGGUCAGUGUUAGGCAGGCUGGUAGGGACCUUUAGCAGAGCAUUUCUGUGAUAUAUGUUUCUUUCCAGUUCUAUGUUCUAAGAAACACAGCUGUAAAACUGACUGUCAACAUAUUCUGUAAGUCUGAAAUGUCUCCCCUUUUUGUGGACUUGGUUUUUGUAUAUCUUUGAAGUGUAUGAAUUGAUCUUUGUCAUAAAAAUGUGAAUCCGUA